AUUUCAGUAUUAAAUACAGUAACAUAAGCCUAAGAUCGAAAAAGAAGUAGAAAAAGAAUCUCAAUUCCAAUUCCAAUUCCCUCCUUAACACGACAUUGCAGAUCCUCCCAAGGCCCGGUCAAUUGUUUGCUCUCUCCGACGCGCACAGAAACAGCCUCUUGGACUCCAUGAUACUGCUGCAGUCUCAUUCCAGAUUUCUCCUUCAGACCUUGCUGAAUCGAGUUCAGAAUCUUGAGAAAGGAGUUGAAUUUGAUAACCAUUGGGUUGAGUUUGAUGAUGUUCGUUACCAUAUUCAGGUUUCAUUGAAGAAUCCACACAUUUUGCUGCUGUCAGUGUCAUUACCCACUCCUCCUCCAGAGGCCAUCUUCUUUGGUGGACUUCCUUCCGGAGCUAUUGAAGCUAUAAAAGCUGCAUACGGUGUGAUUGUUCAAAUUCUUGAUCCUCCAAGGGAUGGAUUUAACCUCACACUGAAACUGAACUUAUCCAAACUUCCUCCAGAUGAAGGGUACAAACAUGCUCUUCUGGUAAAGAUUGCAUCUAUAAGGGAAACAGUACUUGGUGCUCCAUUGAGAGUAAUUCUAAAGCAACUUGCAGCAAGGACUGCUGCUUCUAAUAUGGAUCGGCGUUUUGCCAUUGUACAUCGUCCGAAUGAGUCCUUUUUCCUUGUUCCUCAGGUAGGAAAAAUGAUGGUGAUGUUUCCUAUGAGAUUUAAGGACUCCAUAGAUAUUGUUCUUGCCACUUCCUUCCUGCAGGAGUUUGUGGAAGCAAGGCGUACAGCUGGACUUAAUAAUGCCCCUUCUUGUAUGUGGUCUCCAUCUCCUCCUUUAGAACUGAAGGGAGCUCCUGCUGAAACAUUAUCGGCAAAUGCAGGAUUUGUUACAUUUGUUAUCUACCCGCGUCAUGUAGAAGGCAAAAAGCUGGACCGUACAGUUUGGAGUUUAUCUACCUUUCACACCUAUGUUAGUUAUCAUGUUAAAUGCUCAGAGGGCUUCAUGCAUACAAGGAUGCGGCGUCGUGUGGAGUCUUUGAUUCAGGCUCUAGAUCGUGCCAAGCCCGAGUUGGAGAAGUCAAAGAAAACAGUGCUAAGCAGAUCCUUCAAACGAAUGAGCCUCAAAGAAGGAAGGAUCAAUUCAGAUUCAUAAAGCCUUACUGGGUAGAAGACGGAUGCUCAUGUUUGGGCUCCAAGAAGCCCAUCGUCCAAGGCAUUGUUUGCGCUAUGCAAGGGAAGACACCCCCAAAUGCUCUUGUUUUAUUUUGUUAUGAAAAAAAAAAAAAAAAGAUCAGAGAAAACAUAUUUAUUCAGUUGCUAAUAUGUUACAAUUUUGUUUGUGGUUUCGUACUUUCAUUGAACGUGAAGUGAACUGUGCUGUAUUUUGAGGUCUAUAUAAGUAUUUUCUUCCUGGUUUGAAA